AAGAGGGAGAGGAGAAUGGCACCAACCUGAACGGGAACCAGGCAGACGCAUAACUAUCACUGACGACAUCAGGGCCACUGUGGUGGACCAUGUCAUCAACCAUGGCCUGACUAUGAGGGAGGCCGGGCAGAGGGUCCGGCCCAACCUCAGCCGCUUCACAGUAGCCAGCAUCAUUCGGACAUACCGACAAGAAAACAGAACUGCCAGGCGACCUGCCGUGGGAGGAAGGCAACGAGUGUUCACCCAUGCCCAGGAACUGGCCGUUGUCAACCUUGUGGUGGCAAACAACGCCAUCACCCUGCGCCAAUUGCGUGAGCGCAUCCUCGAAGACCAGGCAAUUUUCCACAAUGUGCACAGUGUCAGUACGACGACACUCGCCCGGGUCCUGCGGGAACACCACGUCAGCAUGAAACAACUUUACAAGGUUCCAUUUGAGAGGAACAGUGUUGCAGUCAAGAACCUUCGCUAUGACUAUGUGCAGACUGUCCUGGCCUUCGAUGCGGCAGCGCAGCAACAUGAGUACAUCUACAUAGAUGAAGCUGGGUUCAAUCUGGCAAAAACCAGACGUCGGGGCCGGAAGGGCCAUCGUGAACAUCCCCGGGCAGCGCGGGGGCAACAUCACCAUGUGUGCCGCCAUUGGUGGUCAAGGGCUCCUCCAUCACCAUGCCACCCUAGGACCCUACAACACUGCACACCUACUGGCAUUUCUCGAUGCACUACAUGCUGUGGUCACACAGGACAGACCAGGGCAGCCCAUGUUUGUUGUCAUCUGGGAUAAUGUCAGUUUCCACCGGGCUGCUCUGGUCCGGGACUGGUUUGCCAACCACGACCAUUUCAUGGUGUUGCACCUGCCCCCUUAUUCCCCGUUCCUAAAUCCGAUCGAGGAAUUCUUUUCGGCAUGGCAGUGGAAGGUCUAUGACCGCCUACCACAUGUACGCGUGCCGCUCCUGCGAGCGAUGGAGGAGGCAUGUGGGGACAUCGAGGUGGGGUCGAUCCAUGGGUGGAUACGCCACACACAGAGAUAUUUUCCCCUUUGCCUGGCAAGGGAAGACAUUGCCUGUGAUGUGGACAAGGUGCUGUGGCCCGACCCCAAUCGACGACGAGAUCCCUGACAUGGACCUGCAAUAGAAACACCUACACCAGAUAUUCAAUACUUAUAGUAGUUCUGCACCUGUACACUGAGUUUUGGUUGUGGAAAUAAACACGGUUUACAGACUACAAAUGUAGGCAGUGUCUUGAGUACAGUUGACCUGUGUGUUGUGUUUGCUUUGACUGUUUAUAUUGCAUGUGCAUGUGUGUUUCCUAUCGAUCCGAAGAGGGCCUUUUCAAGUUAGAGUGUUACGUUUUGAUUGCAGAAUGUUAUUUUGCAUUGGCAGUUAGAUGUUGAUCUCCAAGUGCUGUGUCAAGAAAUCUUGUGUGUUGAGUUUUGACACAAUGAGCCAAAUUUUUAAUUUUGUGUGUAAGCAAUUGAAAAAAACUGUAAAUACUCUAGAUACAUUCUGCGUAGAGUAGAGA